AAUUUCAUCAAUCAAAAUAAUUAUGAAUAUUGGUACCUAAUUGAAGCAUCAACAAUAAUACAAGGUAAUGAAAUCGAUUUUCGUCAAGAUAGUAAACUAAAGGAAGAUAUUAAACGUAUAUUGAAAAUCAACGAAAUUUAUAGUACGGAAAAGAAAUUAAUUGGAAUCCAAAAAGAGAAAGAAAGAAAAUUAAAUCCAGAUAAUGAAUUAAUAAAUCAAAUAUCAGAUGAUGAAAUUGAAGAAAUUUUAGAUCAAGUUUGUGUGGAAAUCAAUUCAAUAAAUAAACAAAUUCUAUAUAUGAAUUUAGGUUUAAAUAGAAUAAAUAAUCAAAUAAUUGACAUCAACAAAUGUGAAAUAAUAAAGAAAUUACAUGGAAAAUUGAUUAAAAUUUUACAUUCAGGUUGGACACUCAAAUCAAUACAACAAAUAAUUAAUCAUAUUGAUUUUAAAAAAGAUAUCAAACGUUUAUUUGAUGCAUUAGAUCCAAUUUAUGAAUAUCGUUUAAAAGAAUUUGAUAAUAAUAUUAAAGGAAAAACGCUAAUUGAUAUUUUAACAUCUAUUUUUCCAGAAGAUUUAACUGAACAAAUACAUGAUUUAGCUAUAUUUCAAAUAUUUGAACGUUCUUAUGAUAAAAACUUUCAACAAUUAAUAGAAGAAAUAUUAUAUUUAAAUCGAAAUCAAACAAUAUCAUUUAUUGACGAGAAAAAAAUUACAGAAGAAUAUAAAAAUAUUCAAAUUACUUAUCUAAGUAAAUCUGUACUAUAUCCAAAUUCUAAUUGCAUUCAAAAAUGGUCAACAUCAGACAUACAACAAUGGACAGAAGAGGUAAAAAAAUCAUCG